UCCAAUCACAGCUGAUCACAUGUAAACAGGGAAAUGGGACAUGUACACUGAUCAUCAGAGCACUAAUGAUCAGUGUGCCCUGAUGAUCAGUGUAGCCCCAGCAGUGCCACCUCUCAGUGUCCAUCAGUGCCUUGAGUCAGUGCUCAUCAGUGCCUCGUGCCAGUGCCCAUCAGUGUCACAUCAAUGCCACAUAUCAGUGCCUACCAGUGCACAUCAAUGCCACAUAUCAGUGCCCAUCUGAGCUGCCUUUCAGUGUCACCCAUCAGUACCAGUCAGUGCCAUCUAUCAAUGCCAAUCAGUGCCACCUAUCAGUGCUGCCUAUCAGUGCCAGUCAGUG